UCCUUGAUAUCGAAUGAGUAUAAAAUAUGUGCGAUUUUCGAUGAACGGUAUCAGUCUUUAGAAUUUUUCGAAAGUUAAGAAACAAAUUUCAAUUCUUUUAUUUGACGAACGGACACUUCGAACUAGCUAUGGAAAAAUCACUUUUCAUUGCCAUUGCUCUUGGCGCAAUUCUAGCCAUUGGAAUAAAUGCGAGCGAAAAGAUGACUCGUAACAAUUUCUGCAGAGGCGACUGCAACAACAAUCUCUGCGAGGGACUCGAAAAUAAUACUGCCAUACCGAACGAAGCCGGCUGUGAACAUUUCUUCAUUUGUAUCGACGGUCGUCCCAUACCAAACACUUGUCCGCAAGGUCAAUGGUUCAACUACAAUAUCAGUCAAUGCGACAACAGCACCAGUCCCUGUGAAUUCGAAUUCGAGUGUCCACCAGACGGUAUCCAUUUCUUCCCACAUGACGACUAUUGCGAUAAAUUCAUUAUGUGCUUUGCUGGAUUCCCAAUUCUGAUGAGCUGUGCCGAUGGUCUGUAUUUCGAUCGUGAAUUAGGCCAAUGUAAUUUCCCAGAAUAUGCUGAAUGUGAAUUGGAAGUGUGUCCACCAGAAAACGAUCCCGAAAAUAUCGUUUUCCUUCCCAGCGACAACUAUUGCGAUAAAUACUACAUCUGUUACGCUGGUGAACCAAUUCCUUUCAGAUGUCCAGAAGGGCUACAUUUCAAUCCAAUAUACAACACUUGUGAUUUCAUCGAAAGCGCUAACUGUACUAUUGAAGGACCAGAAGAUCCAGAAGGUCCCCCAGAACCACAUGAAAUCGAUUGUGAUUGCAAGGAAUCGAUCUACUUCGUAGCACAUCCAAACAGUUGCGAACACUAUUUCAUUUGUUCGUUCGGUCAAUCCAUUCUUCUGGACUGUGCACCUGGGUUCUGGUUCGAUCCACUUAACUUCUGGUGUGAUCAUCCUGAAUCCGUUCAAUGCGCAGCUAAUACUACUACGGUUGCUCCGGGUCCGGGUCCGGGUCCAGCACCCUUUUCUCAUGAUGGAAAUAGGCGCCCAGAGUCUAUGCGUCCAAUGUUUAAUAAGUGGUUCUAAGAAGGGUUCUAAUUUGUGUUGAAUAAAACUUUUAAAUCAGCCGA